CCAGCACAGAUGGGUGCCCAGUGUAUUUGGGUGAGGUUUUUAGCAGUAGAGCAGAAUUUCUAGUAUGUGCAAAGCCACAAGGAAAAGACCCAGGGGAAAAUCAGAUUUCAAAGUCUAGAGACAUAUUUGUUCUUUUUUGGCCACCUAAGGCUGUAUAUUUAUACCAUAAGGAGUAUAAUCAACAACAGCAUCUUCCAGUUUUGAUUUUACAGGGCAAGUGGUCCUGAAAUAAACAGAACUGUUAAGGGGUGGAGAGAGGGACAAGGUCCAGAAUUGCUGCCAGGUGGUGUCUGUGCGCCCCCUGGUGGGGGCUAAGACAUGUUCACCUCAGAAGGCUGGGGCCCCAGGGUCCCUGGCCAAAGUUUUUGCCAGCACAAUAGGGACGGUUCUCUUGUGUGGGGAGGACAGCAUGUGGUACCAGAGACAGAAGCUGACCCAUGGACCCUUGAGGUGGGGGAAUAGAUCUUUUCAGGGCACGAGGGACAAAGAUAGGCAACUGGAUAAAGGCCCAGGUGUUGCCUGGGCCAUUGCUCCCACGUACAGGAACCCGACCUUGUGGGUGAGGACACGCUGUCCUCCAGCCAAGUUAAUAACUUCCUCCCCCAGCCAAGGAAUAUAGCUCUGCGUCUACAGCUCCUGCUCAAACUGUCAAAACCACCCUGCAGCUCAGGAUCAAGGAGCUGGGUCACAGGAAGGUCGGUUUCAGGAUACCCCCCAGGGACUGCCUUCUCCCCGGAAUUCCAUCAUGAAGGCCCAUAUGCUUGUAGGUGUGCUGGUCAUGGUGGGCUUCGCAGUGGCAAAAGCCCCUGUUCCUGAAGUCCGGACCUGCCACCUCUGCCUCUUAGAAGACCCUUCUACAGGGUGCAUUUCAGGUUCAGAGAAGUGCACCAUCAGCACCCCAUCGCCAUGUAUGGUGAUCACCAUCUAUUACGAUACCAAGAUUCGUUUCUUCAUCCGAGGCUGUGGACAGUAUAAUUCUUACCGCUGCCAAGAAAAACGCAAUACCUACUUCUCGGAGUACUGGUACCAGGCCCAGUGCUGCCAGUACGAUUACUGCAACUCCUGGUCCAGCCCCCAGCUCCACAGCUCCCCACCUGAUCCCCCGGCUGGGGCCUGGGCCUUGCCCCUGUCCGAGUCCCAGAUCCACUGGUUCUACCAGGCCCUGAAUCUCUCACUGCCCCUCCGUAGCUUCCAUGCUGGGAAGGAGCCCAAAGGGUUGGACGCCCCGGCCAUCCUGCCCCUGAACCUGAACUUGUCCAUUGCUGACCUGCGUCGCAUAUAUUUGUUCCUCAAUAGCUCGGGACUUUUGGUUCUUCCCUGGGUUGGGCCCUGAUGCCUUAGCCUUCCUGGAUUUCACUGCAUUCCAGCAUCUCUCCCCUAACACCACAGCCUUGCGCUGCCCUCUUAAAACACCCAUGUUCUCUGCUCUCUGAUUUCUCUGGCCUCCCUUCCUCUGUACUUCCAGCGUGACUAUGGCUUUGGUGUCUUUUCUUUGCCAGAAACUGGUGGUGCUGGACCUCGUAGAAAAUAAUGAGUUUAGAGUCUGCCUAGGCCAGCCUGGGGAAGGCAUAGUGGCUUCCUCGUGUCCUUUCCUGUCACUGGAGUCCGUCAUCCCCCUCAUCUUUCCAAUCCUCUGGCAAUCUGGUCACUGCUGCCUCCAUUCAGAUCUGGUUGUAGAUCACAUCCUAUGCCCAUCUUAAGACCCAGACUGAACUUGCAGCAAGAAGAAUGAAGGGGAGACUUUCGUGCACAUUUUCUGACUAGCACUGUGCUGUCUCUGCCUCACUCCCUCCACCCCCACCCCUGCCCUGGUCGCCUGCUUCUCUCCUCUCAUUGCAGUCCCUGGCCUCCUCAGCCUCACUUCGCAUCACUGAGUCCUGACACCCACUUCAGUAGAUGUCAGGGGAGGGGAGAGGAGAGACGAGGGUCUGGCCUGCUCUGCUCCACAUCUGCUUGCUCUCCACAACCUCCACAAUAAAUGGACUGGGCUAA